AUGGCCUCUAUGGUUAUCCAACAGUUCCAGGAAUACAAGAUCAUGCACAAGAUGGGAUACGGUAUGAUGGAUAAUGCGUCCAACAACACUACCAUAUAUCGAGCAAUAGCCGCCCACAAAUCAAACCUUGGGGAUUUCUGGGAGGCAGAAGAGCAUCAACUGAGAUGCAAUGAUCAUGUUAUCAACUUGUCAGUCAAGGCGUUCCUAUUUGGUGACCGUGAUACUACUGGAUUGGAUGGAUACGAGGAAAGGACCGAAAAGCAGCUGACUGAGUGGAAAUGGGUUGGAUCUCUGGGCAAAGUGCACAAUUUUAUUGUAUACAUCAAAUAUAAUCCCCAGCAGUAUAUGACGGCCCGACCACCACCAACUCGCUUACCAGCAAGGCAGCUUCGGAAUCGCAUUGUUAGGUGA